UCUCAACUUGUGCGGCACACAUGGACUUCAAUAGUAAUGAAGAAUUCCUCAAAGCGUUUCCUCCGAACUUCGAUCCACAAAUUGCCCCUCCGAAGAAAAUCUGGGUGCUGGAUUUGGGUGAUUCAAUACCACAGGAAAACAUUGCAGCUACAGCUUGGGAGUUCCAAGAGGAAGGUCGUCAUGAAGCACAAUUCAUGGAAACGGAAGAACCGAUGCGGGCUGAGAGGGAACCUGCAGGCAAUGCCAGAAAUGAAACGGAGCAGGGGCAACACGAACCAUUGCCUCCCAAUGAAGCCAUCGCAACUGCCGAGGCUAGGCCAUGGGUUCUGUCAUCUCCAGAACUGGCCGUUUCCAAGAAACCCAUACCCCAGACUGUACAGAUGGCGCUGCCAGUGCAGGCACAGACAGACGAUGAGAUGGUAAAGAUGGUACUUGACGUAGGCGAUGCGAUGCGGCCAGUAGAGACCACUAUGGAAGAACCAUCUGCUUUGCAAGACGAACCUGCAGGUGUUGAGGCUGAACGGUUACACCCAGCAGAAGGAACUACAGAAUUCGCUAAGGAUGCCAAGCCAGCUAAUGCGAUGGAGGCUAUUGAGAGAAGCUUCAUUUUAGGCGAGACUCCUGACCAGGUUCUGUCUGAAAAAGUACCUGCAACAAAGAUGCUCCAAGAACCUACUAGACACACCGGUGCUGCUGGGCAAAUUAAGGUUCAAGUGCCAGUCACAGACGAGGAGACGGAGAAGCCUACUAUUAGAGCUCUACCCCAAACUAAAAUCUGCCAGGAAGAAUCACCAUUUACUCCUUUUACAUCCGAGAUGAGUGAGGACCCAACUGAGGUGGAGGUUAAGGCAAUACUUGCAGCAGGAGACCGAAAGCUGGCAUUUGAGGUGAUACCAUCAAAACCAAGAGAAUUUAACAUCAAAGCCAAGGGAAUUCACCGAAAACAGGAUGAAGUGCCUCGCUCAACAAUGGAGGUCGAUCAAAGUACCAGCGUCAGCAUGGCUGGGUUUUAUGAAGAGUCCAGUGCUUAUGUUGACAACAUAGUUGACAGAAUCAUAAACGACAUUGCUGGUAUUGAGGCUGACCUAGAGGUCGAAAUUUAGGAGGUCAGCAUUGACAGUAACAUAAAACUCCAGAAAAUACCUAUAUAUGAAUAGCCAGUUGGACUCGAGAGCGAGGAAACGUGUCACGAUCAUAUGCAACCCUCAGAAGGAUGUGUGUUAGGUGAAACAGAGAAAAAAAAAAAAAAAAAA